AUGGAGCAAGAACCAUUUCUUAAUAAUGAAAUCUUCAACGUUAAUGAUAUAUCUGAACUGGAAGACUUUAUCAACGGAUACGAUGGUGAUUUUAUGAGUAAAUUGGAAGAAGAGCUUUCAUUAGUCGAUAAUGAUCCAAAUUUAGAUUGGUGUAUUGACAAUAAAAGUAAUAUUGACAAGCAAUCUCAAGCAUCGCCCCAGUGUAAUGCAGGCGGAAAUCCAUUAGUUUCCCAAUAUUCGCAAAAUAGAAAAACACAGCCAAAUGAUGCGCCACAACCGAAGAGCAGCCCAAUACUUGGCGUGUAUAGCAGGGAUGAAGGAUAUAAUUUGGAACCAUCUAACGAUGGCGCACCUUUGCCUGAUGUUACUCAGCACGGGCAGACUCGGGUUUCACCACAACCCAUGGUUAUUCAACAGGUGGUUCCAAGUCCAGUUUAUGUCAAUAUUACUAAAGCAAACCUACAGCAAUUUCCAGAUGGUAGAGCUUCUCUUGUGCAAAUUGAUGGAGGCACACAACUUACUCAGGCAAAUAAAACACAUCAAUCAACCCAGUCACUCCUGAUACCAAAUAAUGCAAAAACAGUAACUCCAUUUAUUCUUAAAAGUGCUGAUCCAAAUUACUCACCGGUUAUUUUAAGAUCUAGUGUUAUCAAUCCAGAUGCCCAGACUUUGAUGUAUAUGAAUGAACCAAUACCAGCUACUACUAAUCAAGGUAUAUUAACAAAUACAAAUUCAAGUACUGAAAAUAGGCCAAUACAUACAUUUUUCACUAGCAAUAAUGGCCCAACAGUCUUAACUGGUAUUCCUGUUGUCCUUGAUGGUGAUAAGAUUGCCUUGAACCAAGUACCAAAUUUAGCAAUGCCCAAAGUCAAAGAGGUGAAAAGAAGUGCCCAUAAUGCAAUUGAGAGACGUUACAGGACUAGUAUUAAUGAUAGGAUAAUUGAGCUGAAGAACAUGCUUGUGGGGGAAGAAGCCAAGCUGAAUAAAUCUGCAAUACUAAGGAAAACAAUUGACUACAUAAAAUAUCUGCAGAAUCAAAACACCAGACUGAAGCAGGAGAACACUGCUUUAAAAUUAGCUUGCCAAAAGUCUGGUGUAAAGGAACCAGUUUUCGACGGAGCAAUCACACCCCCACAUAGUGACAUUUCUUCUCCAUACCAGUCACCACACCCUCUCGAUAGUGAUUCACCAUCUUCUCCAGACUUUAAGGUGGAAGAGAAAUAUUCAAAAGUGGUUAUAGGAAUGGGUGAUCACUCUCGCUUAGCACUUUGUGCAUUUAUGGUUGGAUUAAUUGCUUUUAACCCAUUUAGUGCUUUCUUUGGAGCUACUAUGUUUGAAUCUACAUCUACUGACUAUUCAACAAGAUUUGAUCAAAGAAGAAUAUUAUCUGAUGAAAACUUCAGUUCCGUUGGAGCAUCGUGGGGAUUCUGGCUUUUCAACAAAUCUCUUAUUUACUUAGUGAACUUUAUCAUACUUGGAUUAUGUCUUAUAAAGUUACUGGUUUAUGGAGAUUCUGUUCCAAAAUCACAAUCAAAAGAAGCUGGUCUCUUUUACACACACAAACGACAGGCUGAAAAUUAUUUAAAAAAGGGUGAUCUAACAAAUGCAAGAUUAGAAUUACAUCGUUCAUUGAGCGUGUGUGGAAAGAGCGUGCAAGCUGGAGGUGCAGGUCGCGCAAAGUAUUCUGCUCUUGCUGCUGCAGUACUAAGACAGAUUUUGCAACGGUUGCCUUUUGGUGGCUACUUAGCCCGUCGUGCUGGUGAUUUAUGGACGGACAGUCCUGCACGAAGAGCCACACGACACUGGGCUGCCGAAGUAUCAAAUGUUUCGAAUCGCUUAGCGCAAUUGGAAAUAUUGUCGGACCACAGCGGUCGCAGCGAACGCGUGUUGUUGGCGCUACAGGCUAUCAACUUGGCAGAAGUGACUGGUAAUAGGCAACUUCUGGCUGACACCUACGUCACCGCCGCUUUGGUGUUUAAGGAUUAUAUGCCAAAAAUUGGAAACUGGUUGUGCGGAUAUUACCUGCGCGCGUGCAGCGCGUGGUGCGAGGCGCCGUGCGCGCGGGCGGCGGCGCGCUGCCGGUGGGCGGGCAGCGCGCGCGGCCAGCGCUUCCUGCGCUCGCGCCGCUGGAGCUACGCGCGCGCGCCGCCGCACGCCGCGCUGCUCUCCCGCCUGCCCAACCCCGCCGACCCGCUCGCCUACGCUAUGCGGGCUUAUCAUCUAGAACUGCUUCAGAAGAGUCUGCACAUGUUGCUGUGUGCAGACGAGCGCAGUAACACUCGCGACGUUCUCGAUCUUGUUAAAUUAAUUAUCGACGAUGUUUCAACCGACGCUCCACAACAUACAGGUUGCUGGGAUCCAGUCAUGGAGUGGUGGGCAAACAUUGUUGGUGUUGCGGCUACGUGGCUGUUGGGGGAUAUCAGUAAAGCAAAUGAAAUAGGCGAUAGACUUAAUAUGUUGCCGGAGUCCCUUGUAAAUAGCGAGGACCCUUUACCUGGGGCACUGCACAUGGCGUACAAAAGUCGGCGCGGGCUUCAAAGCCUCGCUCAGUGUCGAGAUGAACGCUCCAUCGAAAGGACAUCGGAGACCAUACUCAAGGUGUGCGAUAUCGCUGGAGCCCGAUUAGCAGAUUCGCUGGCAUAUUAUUGCUGUCGAAAACCAACACAGCUCUUGAUGCUGAUGCAAGUGCUGUGCUGCGACUGGGUGUUGGAGGUGCGUGCGGGCGUGUGGGAGGCGGGCGCCGGGCCGCGGUCAAACCCUGCGCCCCACGCUCAGCUGCAGGCCUUCCAGCGGGACUUACACUCGCUACGGAGACUGUCGCAAUCUCUGCCGUGGGUGACAUCACGAGUGUUUCUCCACUCGGCAGUGUGCAGAAUGAUGGCCGGCGCUGCACCGAGGCGGACGCAACAAUUGCUUGAUGGCAGUUUGCGGCCUCGCUGCAGUCGUUCAUCAAUUAUUUGUGGCAAAGAGCGCGCGCUGGAGGGCGGCGGCGGCGCGGGCGAGCGCGCGGUGGCGCUGUACAUGGCGUGCCGCCACCUGCCCGCCGCGCUGCUGGCCGCGCCCGGCGAGCGCGCCGGCAUGCUGGCGCAGGCCGCCGCCACGCUGCAGCGCAUCGGCCACCGCAGCCGCCUGCCGCACUGCUACCACCUCAUGAAGUCCUUCGGCACGCUGCCCGCCGCGCUGUGA